AGUGCUUCUCCUUGGAGCAUCGUGGUUUUCUGAGGAUUGGCAAUCAAGGACUAAACACUGUCUUCUGGGUUACAGAGGCUCCUCCAUGAAGAGAAGGGGUGGGCCAGGGGCUGGUGGCCUGGAUGGAGAUGAAAGACGUUGAGCAGAGUGUCCCCGCCCCUAUCCUCGGGGCUGACAGCUAUUUCCUCCUUCAGUUCGCUCCCCUCCUGCCACUCGCUGGUGCUCAGUCUUACUUUCAGAAGCUGCCAGGCUCCACGGCUCAACCCAGUGCUCGCUGUGCUCACUGUGUGGUCGAGGAAGGGCCAGCUCCCCCGAUCUCAACCAAUCAGCACACUCAAGCAGUCACUUCUGAGGCUGACUACUGCUCUCUAGGAGGAACUGCAGAGAGCUGCAGGCUUCUGGUUCCUGGUGCCAGGCUCAGCCCUUUCUUCCACCUGGCCAUGGCCAACGCCACACUGAAGCCACUCUGUCCUCUCUUGGAGGAGAUGGUCCAGCUUCCAAACCACAGCAACUCUAGCCUCCGCUAUAUUGACCACGUGUCGGUGCUGUUGCACGGGUUGGCCUCGCUGCUGGGCCUGGUGGAAAACGGACUCAUCCUGUUUGUGGUGGGCUGUCGCAUGCGCAAGACGGUGGUCACCACCUGGGUGCUGCACCUGGCGCUGUCCGACUUCUUAGCCGCCGCCUCCCUGCCUUUCUUCACCUACUUUCUAGCAGUGGGCCACUCUUGGGAGCUCGGCACCACCUUCUGCAAGCUACAUUCCUCGGUCUUCUUUCUCAACAUGUUUGCCAGCGGUUUCCUGCUCAGCGCCAUCAGCCUGGAUCGCUGCCUGCAGGUGGUGAGGCCAGUGUGGGCACAGAACCACCGCACGGUGGCGGUCGCGCACAGAGUCUGCCUGAUGCUCUGGGCUCUGGCGGUGCUCAACACAGUACCCUAUUUCGUAUUCAGAGACACCAUCCCGCGGCUUGAUGGCCGCAUCAUGUGCUAUUACAACAUGCUGCUCUUGAAUCCAGGGCCUGACCGCGACACCACGUGUGACUACCGUCAAAAGGCUCUGGCGGUCAGCAAGUUCCUGCUGGCUUUCGUGGUACCUCUAGCCAUCAUCGCCUCGAGCCACGUAGCUGUGAGCCUGCAACUGCACCACCGUGGUCGCCAGAGGACAGGCCGCUUCGUGCGCCUGGUGGCGGCCAUCGUGGUGGCUUUCGUGCUCUGCUGGGGGCCCUACCACAUCUUCAGUCUGCUGGAGGCGCGUGCCCAUUCUGUCACCACGCUACGGCAGCUCGCGUCACGUGGGCUGCCCUUUGUCACCAGCCUGGCCUUCUUCAACAGCGUGGUCAACCCACUACUCUAUGUGCUCACUUGUCCCGACGUGUUGCACAAGCUGCGGCGCUCGCUACGCGCAGUGCUUGAAAGCGUGCUGGUGGAAGACAGUGACCAGACUCGUGGACCCAGCAACAGCCGCCGCUGGCGCCGCGCCUCCUCCACCACCAACACAACCUCCACCCUCCCACCUGCUGGCAGACUUGCCCAACUGCGUCCUGCCUGCUUGACCCGCUGGAUGAGGCGUGGCAGCGCAGAGGUCCCACAGAGGGUCCGAGAGCAGUCGCAGGAGAAGCGGGGCUCAUUGAGUUUUACUCUGGAUUAGGCCGGCACAGCCCGGACGGCAUGCCAACACAUCCCGGGCCUCCCCGAUAGAUACCCAGUUGAAAAUGUACAUAGCCAAUGACAGGCCCAGGGCAUAGCUUCCUGGGUAGGGUCUAGGAAACCAGCUUGUGGAAGUGCCCUGGGUGCCACAAUUCUUCUCACUUUAACUUUGCCGUGUGGAGCUGGGAGACCAGCAGGAUGCAAAAGUAGCCAUUUAAGGCGUUACCUGUUCUGACUGCUGGCCUCCAGGUUUCUAUACAUUUAAGAACAAAAGUACUUAAUUGCUUAGGGAUCUUGCCAGGGUAACUGGUAAGGGUUGGGUACAAUUUUGAACUUCUAUUACCUUCCUGGCAGCUGGCCCAUGGCAACUGGGAAUCUCGCAGGUUAAGCUCACAGCCUGCAUAAGGCCCUGCUUUGUGAAUGGGACAAAGGGAGACUGCCAAUCAGCAAGUGUUUAUGGGGGUCAGUGAGGGAGUUUCCGGCAACCACCUUCACUCUUAACCCCCCAUUCUGCCUGAGAGUGCUUUAACCACACCUUGCUAGUCAGCUUGUUAGCCAUAUGGUGUUGUCAUCUCCCACUCAGAGUUUCACUGCCCAGUUUUAGGGCUGCUGCUGCCAGAGGCUGUACCCUGGCCUUCAGAAUCACUGGACCAAUCCUAUCCAGAGAACAACCCACCCUUAUUAGCUGCCUCACUUCCAACCUACAGGUAGGAGGGCGCCUUGUAUUAGUCACGGACCUCCCACAUAUCUCAUGUCCUCCUCACCAUGGACUGCAGGGCAGCUGGCUGACGCAUCUUUACCUUCUAGGGGAAGGGAGCUGAUCUCAGACACUGGUAGAUAUGGAACAGGGAUGGGGUAUCCUCAGGAUCUCCUGAACCACUUAAGGCCAGGCUGGGUGUCAGCUGUGCUGAGCAGGCCUCAAGCCUGUGGCAGGUGCUUCUCAAACUGCAGAGUAAAAUGUCACCAAAUCCCUCCUGCUUUACUCAGUGUACCUGUCACACCAUGUACUUUAAUGGUUUAUUAGGCAGAUGCCAAUAAACAUCUCUGCAUGGCUCGAA